GCCACCACAUUCAAAAAGGUAGAGAAUGGAUGCUGUGACUCUAAAAUGGUUGAGAGCCACUGCACUAGAGACUCAGGACCUUACAUCUGCCUUUGUGCAGAUAACCAUAAAGCAGGGUCUCUGCUUAUGGGGCAGAUCAUCUGCUCAUGCAUGCUGAGGAAUGUACUUUGCAGAGGUGGUGAUGGUAAGAGAAACAGUAUGGAGGGAAUAAUUCUCCCCACCUGUGUGGAACACCAGUUUGUCAAGCCCAGCUAGUUGGGCUUAGCACAGAAAGGUGUUAAUCCUAUAUUGCUACAAUAUUGUCAGAACAUAUACAAACAGGAAUUUCUUAUCACACCCUUCCAACCACAGAAGCUGAGUAAAUUACCCUAAGCCACAACGUCAGUCAGUGGCAGAACUGGGAACCAAACCUAGGGAAAUGCCAAGUCCUGUGUUCUGAGUGCCAGAGGCUACACCCCUCAUGAUAUCCUUUAGCUUUGGAUUUCGUAAUUCCCUACAGUCAGACGUGGUAUCUGUUUGACAGGAUUUCUCUGUUUCACUGAAAUCACCUAUGGUUAUUCCUUAAACUAUGAAAAUUUACUGCUUGUGCUCAUCUGUAUUUAAUGUAAAAGAAGAUUUGAUACCACAUAUGUGCUUAGGCACUGUGCAAAAUAACAAUGAGAUCACUAAUAAAGUGAUGAUAUAUGGGAAUUAGCACCAACUAUGCACAGUUAGCACCAAGUUCUUCUAUGGAGUCUGAUGUGUGUAUAUUUUCUACCCCUAUGUAACUAGAACUCACUUGGGUUCAGGCUACAUUGUCUGUCACAACGCAGUUUGGAUUCCCUGCUUUAUGCAUUUUUCGAGGCUGAGAUCACAAGCAAUUGAUCACAGCAACCUGACACCUGCUGGGAAAAUGGCUCACCUGAGCUGCCAGGUGUGGACUCUGAUUACGGGGGCAGGAGGAGAUUGUGCCCUCCCCUGGCUGCAGGUAGAGAGCAGAAUUACUGAUGAUGAGUAAGGAUCUACUUAACUGAGCACUUGAGUGCUGUGCUCACUGUUGCUGGCUGUUAGAGACAGUAUAGGUGGCUCUGCAUUCACAACUCUCACCAUGUUCAACCGGAGACGCUCCAGAUGUUUCCUACUGGAUACAGUCAACAGAGGAGCAGAGUUUGUGGAGACCUUGAAGACUAUCUACCCCAAAGCAGACAUCCUCCAUGAGAAGGACUUUGACUGGCUCUUUGACUGCCCCAAGACAGAGAUGUUCAUUGAGUGGUUCUGCAACGCAGUGGGUGAAGAGAAUGUACUGAGCCCCACAGAAGUGGCAGCCUAUCAGAAGCUGGUCAGCUCAGGGAAGCCUAUUUUGGAAGGCAAAGCCCUAGACCAGGUGCUGCAGACCUGCCACCAAUCUCCACAGCUGAUAGGCAUGAUGCCAGAGGAGGAGGGCCCCUCCCUGGAAGCUCUAAAGCAUGAGACCCAAGCAUUGCAGAGCUAUAAUGCUUGCCAGCUCCAACGGCGAAACAAGCUUCAGAUCCGUGCAGCUAGCAUGAAGCAGGAGCUGUGCCACUUAGCAGAAGAGGAAGAGAAGGCAGUCUGGAAGCUGAGAAAGGCCCAGCUGGAUUUGGAACUGGAGAACUCUCAAACCAACAUUGCCUUGAACCAGGCCUGCAAGACAGCAAAGCAGCUGGUAGAGUGGCAUAGGGAAGCUGGGAAAGGGAGACUGCAGGUGCUGAUGUCUGCAGCAGACCUGAGCCACUACAUGGAGAUAGAAGAACUGGCCACAGGGGCUUUAGAGGGAUUCAUCCAGAAAGUGCUGCCAGAUCUUCAUCUAGGAAGUGCAGACAUACUGCCAGUGAAGGGACAAGGUACCUCCCAGGAAAAGGUGGACACUGAGGUCAGGGCAAAGUUGGCCCAGGAUGUACUGCCAGAAGAUGCAGGGAAUGUCAGGGAUGAGUAUAUGAAAGAUGCCAAAGUGAACCUAGGAGCACUGGAGGGCCAGGGCAGCUGCCAGGAAGACUUAGUCAGGAGACUGUUAAUGUCAAGGCUUACCUGGAAAACCCUACUAAAAGAGGAGAGAUACUUGAAAGCAGAGGCUGGGGGGGUGGAGGCCCUGGAUGUUCAAAAUAGCUGCCAGGAUGCAGUGGAGAUGGUCGCAAAAGCAGACCAAAUGAUGCUGGAAAAAACGGGGAGCCCUAACACUGUACUCCUGGAAAACCUGGGUAGCCACCAAGAGGAACUGGGACGUCUAAAACUAGUUUAUAUCUGCAGCCAAAGACAGCUGAUCACCAUCUCGGCAGAAAUGGAAGGCAUCUAUGCUGGCUUGCAGUGGGCAAGGAUCCUGAAGACCAAGAAGGAAAACUGGCCAGUGAAGGACAAGGAAGAGCUAAGCCUUCACAUUGCCACCUGCCAAGAACAGCUGCAAACAAUCCACAGUGACAUAAAUCAGACCCAGGCCAACAAACUCAUGCCUCUGCUUCAGGCUGGUAGCCACUUCUUUUGCUUGCCUAUCCUGUCUGGAGAGCUUAAUGUGGAAGCUGUUCGCCUUGGGUAUAUUGCUUCAAGGCAAAAGGAGGUUGCGGUGCAGCUAAUGGACCAGCACAGUCGCUUGGAGCUGCUAGAGCUCCAACUGAUGCUGGAGGAGAGACAGUUGCAUAAGGUGGGAAUGUUAUUGGAGGAGAUGGUAGCUACCCUGCAGGAAGACUCGGACAAGCUGCAGGAAAGGCUGGUCUGCUUUGAAGAUCCCAGCUUCCAGGUUAACCAGUGUCCACGGAUACUGUUAGACUCUGGUGAUCUUACCACCUUACGGCUCUGGGAGAUGCUGGAGAAGUAUGGUCAUGAAAGGCGACUUUUCCUCACCUAUGAGACACUGGCAGGCCGGGGCUCACGCCUGUGUCAGGAAGCAAGGAUGCUAGAAGUACAGCUGGCAGUGCCGCCAUCCAAGCUACCCACACUAGAAUAUGAGAACACAGUGCUAUAUGGGAUGAUGUACAGUGAUUUCAACCAACUACAGCUUAACUCCCAGGAGCUAUCUGAACUUAAGGAGCAGCUCAGUACCUCAGAGGCCAAACUCUAUCAGAUGCUGAUGGACCUCCUGAAUGACCUGAGGGCCAAGCGCAAGUCCCUGAGGACCCAUUUCCAACAGACAGAGCGUGACCUCUAUGUGCACUUCUUCAGCAAUGCUAACCACCUGCAGGAGGUGGUGCAAGAGCUAGAGAAGCAAGCUCUGUCCUUCUCCUAAGGAUAUGUAAUAGGGCAGGUCAAGGUGGCUUUCAUUGUUUGCCCAUCAUGUGGCCUUUUGUUUCCAAGGGAAGGAAACACUGGUGAUUCCAGGUGCCAUGGUGGGCUAUAGUGGUUUUGUUUUGAUCCUGUAAUUGGGAGGCCUUGCAGAGAAAUGCCACAUCCCCCAUUACAGGGUGAAGGGAGUGCACUCUGUGGUAAAAGGAAGGGGAUUAUACUUGUAUUUCUCUGCCCCAGGCCAGCAAGAGGUGUUUUGUUUUGUUUUUUUUGGGGGGGGAACAGGGACUCGUUUGGGGAUAGCAUGGGUGGGGCUCUGAUGGAGGGGUAAAAUUAAAGACAUGGUAUUUUUCUAUUUGGAAUGUUCACCCAUGAUUACAGAGUUGACGUGUGUGUUCACCCUU